UUACCUCCCUCCUCCCCGUCUCUCUCGCCUUCCCGUUAUCUACAGUUCUCAUUGCAACAACACUUAAACCUUUCACGAUUAUUGCGCCCUUCACGCACUGAUAAUUACUACCGGCGCUUUUUUUGCUCUCCGCCGCUCGCGCCGUGGGUCCUGCCCCGCGAGCCGCCGCCGCUGUUGACGAGCGCUGCCUCGCGAUAGUCCCACGGGCAGACCCCCUCGGGUUAAAUCCACUGCUGGAUGAGUGCCCUCGCCGCCCGCAUCGCACCCGCCACCGCUACGCGGUGAGGGUUUCGUGAGGGUUUGUGUGAGCUACAUCACCCGCCACCCGCCACCCCGGCCAUCUGCACCGAGUGACCAUGCUGGCAACAAUUGGAAGGUGUUCGUGCUACAAAUGGGUAAAUGUCACCCUACAGCCACGGCGUGGCACUCAUCUCAACAGAGUAUGCCUUACUCCAUGCGCCCCAUUGAGUGCACCUUCGAGACUCCUUGGCAAUUGUGGGAAAUCGGUGCAUGGCACGCCUGGGCACGGUGGUCGUGUGCCGGCUACAGUUGCAUGCCAAUCUGCACCUUCACGUAGACGUUUGCUGCAUUCCCUCUCGAAGCCGCGUUGCUUCGACGGACUACAGGCCGUGACCGGCAUUCGCUGCAUCACGAUUCCCGGCUUCCAAAAGUACCUCAAGGGCGGGGACGAGGAAUGGAAGCCGCCCGUAACAGCAACAGAGAUUCGACAGUACCUGCGCGCCAGUGGCAUCGAAUUCCAUGACGGCCACACCUGCCUGCUGUUGCUCAGCCCCUUUGUCGAGCGGCUGCCAGGGGCACCGGGUGGGAAGGAGAACGCCGGCCUCUACAUCAACAAGACGACCGGGCAGUUCUUUUGCAAGCACACGCUCGCCGAGGGCACGUGGGAAGACCUACAGGUUUGUCUGGAGGCCAUGCGGAAGGAAGGCCGCGUGUUUGUGAAGCCGAAUGUGCUUCUGUUGGGGCUCGGAGCGGCAGCUGAAGGCGUCGAGGAGGAUGACGCACGCUUCACGCGGGAGGAAAUAGACAGGAUCUGGCGACGAUCCAUCUUCCUGCACGAGCUGGAGGAGGAGCAGAAACUCACGGCGAAGAGGCUGUAUGGCAUUGAGCGCCUCACGGACGCAACGCUAAAGCGCUUCUCCGUCAAGUGGCACCCGCCUACCAAAAGCCUCGUGUUUCCGUGGCUGGGACCGCAGAACGGCCUCAAAGGCCUGAAGCUGCUGACGGCUGCGUUUGAUGGACAAAGCGUGACUUACAGGGAGAGUACGCUACCACGUGGUGCACGCUACUGCAACCUCUUUGGCCUGCACCUCAUUAUGCCUAAGGACUCGGAGGUGGCGCUGACGUCAAAUGAGCUGGACUGCCUGGCUGUGAGUCAGGCUACGAGCUGCCAGGCCCUCUCGCUACCUCGCGGCAUGAGCUGCCUUUCACCCACACUGUUGCCUUACCUCGAGCAGUUUCGCAAGGUGAUCCUGUGGCUGGGCAGCGACCUGAAUGCGUGGGAAACGUCCAAGGGCUUCGCACGGAAGCUGGGCCUGCGCCGCUGUUCUCUGGUGCGGCUGGGAGAGGGUCCUCAGCCUCGGCCGCUGGAGGCCCUCUCGCUGACGGGCAGCACCACACCCCGCGGCGGGACGGUCAGCGCCCUGCAGCAGGCUCUGCGCUCCUCCCUGCCGGCCGCCCACAAAGCCAUCACGCUCUUCAGGCAGCUGCGGGAAGACGUGCGUGGGGAGCUCGCCAAUUCCGAGCAGGUCGCUGGUGUCAAGUGGCAGCGGUUUCCUGCACUUAACAAGCUGUUAAAGGGACAUCGCAAGGGCGAACUGACCAUCUUCACCGGCCCAACUGGUAGCGGCAAGACAACGUUCAUAAGUGAGUAUGCCCUUGACCUGGCUUCGCAAGGCGUCAGUACGCUGUGGGGCAGCUUUGAGAUUGGAAACGUGAGGCUGGCACGCGUCAUGCUCACACAGUAUGCCCGUCAACGUCUGGAGUCAAACAUCGACAGCUACGACGAAUGGGCCGACCGUUUUGAGGACCUGCCACUCUUCUUCAUGACCUUCCAUGGCCAGCAGAAUAUCAAGACUGUGCUGGACACAAUGCAGCAUGCCGUGUACAUGUAUGACAUCUCCCACGUGGUCAUAGAUAACCUUCAGUUCAUGUUGGGUCUACAGAACCCCAGUAUGGACAGGUUCACUAUGCAGGACUUUGUAGUGGGGGCAUUCCGCAAGUUUGCCACAGUGAACAUGUGCCACGUGACCCUGGUGAUUCACCCCCGCAAGGAGGAUUUCGACAGGGAGCUGCAGACAGCCUCCAUCUUCGGCACGGCAAAGGCCAGCCAAGAGGCGGACAAUGUGCUGAUACUGCAGGACCGCCGGCUGAGUGCGACACAUGGCAAGAAGUACCUACAGCUGGCCAAGAAUCGCUUUGAUGGCGACCUGGGCUCAAUCCCGCUAGAAUUUGAUAAGGCCUCCCUGACAUUCUCGGCCGCCAAGACGCGCGGGAAAGUGGCUCGCAAGUCACGUCAGGGAGCUGACAGUAUCACGAAUGAGGUGCUGCAGGAAUAUGAAGACAGCAACCUGGAUUAUGACAAGUGAAUAUCUUAGUCCAAGAUAGAUACAUUACAUCUGUCAGCCCUGCUUGUUGGCCUCCCCCAUGCUGUAUCAGUCAUGUGGGUUCUUUGACUAUAUUUCACCGCCCAUCAAUACGGGUUGGUGAGGGUAGUGGGGAACGAUGGUAUCCAGGACUGCUUCAGAUAUCGUUCACCAUUUACGAUUGCCGUAUCUGGAAAUCGAACGAGGUCACUGGGUUGGUAGCACAGUGUGCUAGCCACUGCACGUGGCUAUGCCCACCCCUCUUUGAGUUGAAGGAUAAGCAUUUGGCUGUUAUGAUGACUUGCAGUCAGUUUCAAAACUAUUGACUAAAACGGUAUAUUAAUACCGAAAUGGGCACUGAAGUAUGAUGACACUUAAUUUCACAUAGAAACCAAGAUAAUUUGGAGUUAUUUUGAUUUUUAUGUAGAUUUUUCUACAUCUGGUCACAGUAUUGAAAUGCUUGGAGUCCAGUAAUAACUUAGAUGGCACAUUUUCACCUGAUGCAUGUGUAAAUAUGUUAAAGUACCAAUGUGGCAGACUUGUAGGUAAUUGGAUUCUGUCCUGGUAAUGUAAGACUAAUUGUUUUAAAAUAAUCCCCUUUAUUCCUCACUGUUAGCGAGAACAGUGAAUUGUUUUGAGCUGUAUUUAUAUAUAAACCAUGUUUUGUAGCAUUGAGCUCAUGUCAAGAUUACAGUCGUGCAGAGGUUUUAAGUGUUAUGUUAUGCAUCGAGAGUGCAUUAGUUUCGUAAGUCACUGGAUAUGAAGUAGUGGAGAGCAGAGCUGUUGGGUUUCUAUAUCUCUCCAAACUACUGAGCCUCAAUAGCGAUAACAUUUCACUGUGACUGAGGCACUUACAGUAUGAGACUGGUUUAUAAAGUGUGUGGCGUGUAGCUUUCGUGUGAUAUUUUAUAUACAAAUGUUUAAUUGAUCCAAUGUGCAUACACAAUUCGCAUUCAGGAUGUUUGGGGGUGCAAUCCAGUUAUGACUUCGAUCAGCAGCACAGCUCCAACCUGUGACAGCCCACUUGAUCAAUGCUAGAAUUUUUUCUGCGAUGAAUAUAGUUUACAUACCGAGCUAGCCAAUGUUUUGUUCCCACUUACCUUAGAAUGCAUGCCAUUGCCAUGAGUGCAUCACAAUGGAGAUUAAUUGCUGUACUGCAAUUAUCAUUUCAUGGCAAAGAAUUAGAUUUUUACUGAAUUGUGUUGACAUUAAAUAUUUUCAUGAAGCUU